CAAACCACCGGGUAGACGAAGAAGCGAUCCAUCGUAUGGCUUACUCCGUAAUGAACGCUCAAUGCUGUAGAUAACACAAAACGGAUUUGGAGUGGGACUGCUUUCUGCCGCACUCUAUCGCCUCUUCUUUUCACUCCACUAGGUGCGCGCGACAUGGAACCACUGCAGCACACCAUUGCAAAGGCAGACGAGGCCCUGCUCGCUGAGCUCGGGUACAAACAAGAGUUCAAGCGUGCAUUCACACCCUUAGAGGUUUUUGGCAUAGCUUUCAGUAUCAUUGGCUUACUUCCCUCGAUUGCUUCUGUUCUGUUUUACGCCGUGCCUAAUGGAGGACCAGUCUCAAUGGUGUGGGGUUGGGCAAUUGCGAGUUUGUUUAUUUUCUGUGUGGGGAUGUCGAUGGCAGAAUUGGGUUCUGCAGCGCCAACAUCCGGAGGCUUAUACUUCUGGACACACUCCUUGUCAUCUCCGCGGUGUAGAAAUUUGCUUGCAUGGAUUGUUGGGUACUCAAACACAAUUGGGAACAUAGCGUCGGUCGCAUCUAUCGACUGGGGAUGUGCAGUGCAAGUCAUGGCUGCUGUGUCCAUUGGCUCAGGCCAAACUUUCACCGCAACGAGUGCGCAAACUUUCGGAGUCUACGUUGCAAUAAUCCUAUCACAUGGAGUGAUAUGCUGCUUGGGAACUGCUGUUCUCGCAAGACUGCAAACAAUCUAUGUUGUGCUUAACAUACUUUUAUGUCUCGCUGUUAUCAUUGGCCUUCCUGCUGCCACCCCAAAGGCCAACAUGAACAGCGCAAGCUAUGCGUUUGGUAAUUUCACAAAUCUGAAUGGUUGGUCAAAUGGCUACGCAUUCAUUCUGAGCUUCCUUGCGCCGUCCUGGACCAUUGGCUGCUUUGACUCAAGUGUGCAUAUUAGCGAGGAAUCGUCGAAUGCUGCUACUGCUGUUCCAUGGGCCAUCGUCAGCGCCAUCGGUAUUGCAGGAAUCCUUGGUUGGGCAAUCAACGUCUCUCUUACAUUCUGCAUGGGCACCGACAUGAACUCCCUACUCAGUAGCCCGAUUGGACAACCCAUGGCUCAAAUCUUCUUCAAUAGCUUCGGCCAGAAUGGAACACUUGUAUUAUGGUCCUUCGUCGUACUUGUUCAGUAUAUGAUGGGCUCGAGUAUGGUCCUUGCUUCAUCCCGCCAAACAUUCGCAUUUGCCCGUGACGGUGCACUUCCGUUCUCAUCCUACCUCUAUCGCAUGAAUAGCUUCACGAAGACGCCCGUCAACACCGUUUGGUUCGUCGCGGCCUUUUCCAUCUUCCUCGGUGCAUUGUCGUUCGCGGGCCCCCAAGCUAUCAACGCUAUCUUCUCUCUCUCCGUGACGGCGUUAUACAUCGCAUAUGCAAUCCCAAUCAUUGCACGUUUCGCGUUCCAGAACAACUUUAAGCCCGGUCCAUUCAAUUUAGGCAUCUUUAGCCUUCCGGUUGCUGUCAUUUCAGUGUCGUACAUGUUCAUUAUCAACAUCGUGUUCUUAUUCCCGACGACGCCACAAACCGAUGUUGCGAACAUGAACUACACCGUGGUCGUGCUAGGUGGUACACUGUUUCUGUCUAUCAUGUGGUACUAUUGCCCUGUGUAUGGCGGCGUGCAUUGGUUCACGGGCCCAGUGUCAAACAUUGGGAAGGUGAGUGAGGAGAGUACGUCGAGUAUUCGUGGCUCGGUGGAGAAGAAUGUGCGUGUGGAUAUCGGGGAGUCUGUUGGGGCUUGAUACUAGAAGGAUUCCGAUAUUGGGCCCAUAGUAGAUUUAAUUCGGUUACCCCGUACACUGCUUGCUAUUCGUCGAUUAUCUGGUUAAGCCGGA